AAAUUUUUUUCCCCUAGACACGGCGAUGCCUUCCUCCUCGCAACCGCUGCGCCAUCUUCGGUCCACGCCCGCAAGCUCCCUCUCCACGACCUCCACUCCGCCAGCUCUGCUCCUCCUUGCUCUCUAGCACGCACGCUUGGAGGCCGUGGAGGUCGACGAUGGAGGCGUCGUCCAGAAGAGGAAAGUUUGGGGGAAGCGUGCUUGGAGGUCGACACCGUAGCUCUAGCUUCGUGCGAAGGGGCUCCAAGCCAGCCCAGAUCCGUGUCCAGGCUGUGGCGGCGAUGACCGAGGACCUGAUCCGCGUCCAGGCUACGGCGGCGAUGGCGAAGGACUCAAUCUGUGUCCAGACCAAGGUCGCGGUGGCGACGAAGGUGAAGGCCGAGGUGGAGGUGAAGAGCGAUGCUUCCUCUCUCUGUCUUGGGGUGGGGAUGACAGAUGAGAGUGGGGUGCUGUGGUGGCUCAUCGACAUCAGCCGUUGGCGCCCUUCCCCUGCCUAGUUCGACGUUGUAGCCUCCCUCCUACUACAUCACGAGGGCACCACCACCAUCUCCAGGUACCGUGCCGAUGGAGGAAAGGAGAAACAAGUUGCAAGGUAUUUUGAAGGUACCUAAAAGGUUCGGGCAGGAUGAGAUGAGAUGGGCAGGAUGACCAUGUUGGAUGAAGAGAAGACUGGGCUGACGCAGCUCGAGGGGAAGCACACCAGGUUCAUCAUCAAUAGUGACGACGAGAUCGGACGAGAGGAGGUGGCAGAUGCGACUGAGACGAGGGCGGAGCUUGGCGCACUGAUGCCUAGGGGGCUGCUGCUGCCGGAGGGGAGGCACCUGCGCUUCCACAACGACGAGGAUGACGAGGAAUAAGAAUGUUCAUAUUCAGAUUGGGUAUCGACAGUGGUUGUUUUUCCUUUCACCAGCCAAAAUUCCUUUUGGGGGCCUCUAUUUCUACAAUUUGGUUAUGUAUUAUGUCCCCAUUCUUCAGAGAACAAAUAACUCCUUUACCAAUACAAAAAAAGGUCCUGACCAAA